UGGAGACCAGACGACAACCGUAAAGCGAUGGCAGGUCGGCGUUUUUGCGGAGCUAAGCUAACAAAGUACAUUUGACGACGACGGCGAGGACAAUCAAACACAGAGCCAAGUACGCCAAAGUCAGCCUUCAAGAAAAACAACUGAUUGUCACAGAAUUCAAAGGCAGUAGGAUCCAUCCAUCCAUCAUCCAUCAUCCAUCCAUCCAUUUUCUACAGUAGGAUGUGUUGACAAAAGCCAGAAACAAAAAGGAUGCGACAGUGAAAGUUAGAUUUAUUUUGGCUCUUGCUUCAAAGUCUUUUUCCCAGUUUGUCAAGCAGUGCAUUCUGAAGUUGCCACCGAGGACAGCCAUCAUGUGGUCCUUCGUGAGGAUGAACUUGAAACCCCUGAUCAAAGGGAUGGAGACGGUCAUGGAGACCGACAGCGAGCAGCAAUCGGAUAGUGAAGACGAGGACGAUGAGGACGAAAGGAAAGUGAAAGUAAAGGAGUCUCCUCCAAGUGAAUACCUGUCCACUCCAACCCUUCCCGACUCAUACAGGCGCAACUCCCCUGGCGAGGUCCGCCUGUUGGCCAUCGCCGACAGCUUCCAGCGGCAGUAUCGUCUUUUGUGUUCCGAGCGCAAGCCUCUGCUGCUCUUCCCCAUGAACGAAUGUGGCGUCAAGAAGUUUGUGUCAACCACGCUGCGACCCACCAUGACCAGCCACCCGGAGCUGCUCUACUGGGAAGGAUGCGCUUCGUUUGUGGCCGACUUCCUGUCUCUGACUCCUCUGGAGCCGCCUGGAGAGCUGCCCAAGUUCUUCUUCUCGGCCACGUCGGUGCUGCACAGUCAGACGGCCACGUGUUUCGAGUACUCCGCCGUGCUCUGCAGUCUCCUGCUGGGCGCCAACUACGACGCCUACUGCGUUAGCGGCUACGCUAGCAAGGAGAUGUGCCUGCUGGACCAGCGCCUUCAAGAGUGCCACCUUCUGGACAACCAGGCCAAGGUGGAGGGCGCCGAGGCGAAAAGCGAGAGCGACAACGCGCUGAAGCGGGAGGUGAAGAGCCGCUUCUUGACCAACCAGGCCGAAAAAGAACGGGAAGAAGCCGAGGCCAAAUCCAAGAAGCACGAGGAAGAACCCCAGCCUGCUGUUGACUCCCUGAGGGGCCUGCGAGUCCACUGCUGGGUUCUGGUCCUGGCCGGGUGUCGCAGCGUCCAGGAGAACUUCUUCAUCGACCCGCUCACAGGAAGGAGCUACAGCACCACGCACGACCACUUCCUGGGGGUGGAGAGCGUGUGGAACAACCUCAACUACUACGUCAACAUGCAGGACUGCAAGGACGUCUGCACUGAAAUAGUGUAUGACCUUCAUGACAUCCGGCUGUGGGAGCCAGUCUUGUUCGGGGCCAUCAGCAAGAGACAAAUGUACCUCAACAUCCUCAAGAGGAAGGAGAUGAAGAUGAUGGGCAUGACUUGGGAGGACGAGGAGGAAGAGGAGGAUCGAGUGUUUGAGAUGCCCAGGUCGUGGGUCUCGUACAUCAGCAUCUCCAAAGAAGACUUGGAGACGCGCUGGCCAGGGAGCAGGAAGUUGACGUGCUACAAGAAAACUGAGCUGAAAACGUUCGCUCCUUACCUGCGACUCAACGGGCUGGUGACGCGACUGACCACCUUCAAGGACUUUGACUGCAAAGAGGUGGUGACGGUGAAAGAGUGGUACAAGGACAGGAACGACCACCUGAAGGAGCGAGAAGUCAACAAAGUGACGGGCAUCACCAUCGAGCGCUUCACGCCAGGACGGCAGUUCCACCUUUUAUUCCACAGGUUCACCACCGCGCCAACACAGGGCACCGAGCACGAGAUGGAGUUCAGCGGCGCUCGUGUGGACGGUCUGGUGCGCCGCGUGGACAAGACGGAGGAAAUGACGGAGACCUUCGAGGGCCGCGAGGACUUCCUGUACUAUCGCCACGUGGUCUUCGGACACCUCCCGGAGCCGGAGGACGAGGACGCCGACACGGAGACGGAAGAGCGGCCCCUGCUGAAGGUGGUGGAGCGCUUCCACAGGAACCCCCAGAAGGACGCCAACGAGGACGUGGCCGAGCGAGUCUUCUUGUCGCCGCAGAGGAAGAUGGAGGUGACGUACCACCUGGAGGAGCACAGGUUCGUACCCUGCACCAGGACCUUCCUCAAACCGCGGGAGUCGGACGACUUCAAGGCCGACAUGGUCGCCGGCUUCCACGUGGACCCGGUUCAGAAGCCUCUGCACACGCUGGCUCUCUACAAGCUGCUCUCGGCGCUGGUGGAGGCCGAGAAGGACACGGCUGAGCAGAUCAAGUGUUCCAAGAAAGAGGUGAGAGACAUUGUGUCCUGCAGACAGCGUGAGGAGAUGGACAUUCUUCUUCACUUUUCUCCAUGGACCACCACUGGAGCCGCCAAAGCCCGCAAGCAAAGAGAGGAAAUGGAGCGCCUGGCGGCCGAGGAGCAGAGGUGGUUGCAGGAGAAGGAGAAAGACUACCUGGCUCCCUUCCUUAUCCGACUGGGGAACGUGAAGAACAUGACGGCUGAAGAUGCACGUAGCCUCUACGACGACUGUUUGAGCGACUUCAAGACGCACAUGGCCGAGCGGGCCAGACUCAUCCAGGAACGCCACGGCCAGGCAACACAUGCGCUACAGAAGAAGCAACUGUACUACCAACAGAGUCAGCUGAACAUGAGCCACCAGGAGGAGAAAGAGUACCAGGCCUUCUGCGCCGAGCACACCUUCCAAAUACACAUCGCCACUGAACGCCUCAGCAUGCACAAGAGAUCAGUCUCUCAGAGGUACCGUGCACUGGAUCAGAGACUAAAACAAGACCCACGACUGGCACCUUACCUGCCGAGCUGAACACAAACACACACUCACACACACACACUUUACAUCAGUCUGUACUGGUAAUAACUUAGUGGAAUAAAAUGAGAAAACAAAUAAGUCUGAUUUAUGCACCAAUACUUCAUCACAGAGUUAAAAUAGGUCAUGCGCAUUCCAGUCCACUAGUUGGCGAUGUCAACUAGUGGGAAUAGCUCAGAAAAGUAUUUUGGCACUCAGGAUCUAAGUACACAGUAUCAUACCUCUUUACAUCACUAACUGCUGUGGAAGGAUGCAUUUAUGUUUACGAGUUCUUUCUUUUUACAUAGCCAUGUUUAGAUCAGCUAGUACUUUUCCUUUGUGUAUUCUACCAGUCUCACUUUGUCUUCAGAUUGUCUGUUUAGUGUCUUAAACCAUCAGUAAUGUGAAAUACAACACCCACUGGUUUCUUAUCAGUGGUGCGAGGGGGAGAUGGGGGUUUUCUUUGUGUGAGAAGAAGUUGGUUUUUCCCUUGGAACGCCAGAUCAACUAGAGCAGCCGAUAUGAAUGUAUUGGUUAAGUUGAACUCCUAAAGCUGUAGUAAAACUUGAAAAUGUUCCAA